AUGGCCAGGGGCCCCUUAAUUGGCUAUACUGUGAUCAGAGCACUGAGGGAUGAGGUGCAGACACUGCAGCAACAGCUGGAGCAGCACAGACGGAAGUACCGUGAUGAUGUAAUUGGACAGAGGUGCCAGCAGUGCCAGUGUGGAAGAGGAAAUGACAUCACUGCAUUGACAACAACUACCCUCCCAGACUGUCGUCCUUGUGAGCCAGAGACUGAUUCCUCAGAUGCAGGACGGAGAGGAGGACCAGAGGAGGACCAGGAUGUUACAUCACAGGAUGUUGCAUCACAGAACACUCUGUUCUGCCCUUCUCUGGAAACUAGCAUUGGUGCUGAGGUAUGUGAGAUCCCACCAAACAUCUUCCUGUCCUGUACCUCGGAGGACGACCCAGCAAAUGUUUCAAUCCCUCCUGAUGACGUCAUGCUGACAUCAGCACAGGAACUGGAGGAAGACCCGGCAGAUGAUCUUCCACUGUCUCCUGGUGAUGGUACACGGACAUCACCAUGGCAACUUGAGGAUGACCCAGUAGAUGUUCCACUGUCUCCAAGUGAUGGUAGACUGACAUCAUCAAAGGAACUGAAACUGUCUAUGCUGUCAGUGAAGCUAGAAGACUGCCAUGACAUGCUGGGGCCUGAUGGAGUUUUUAAGAUGCCAACCUCAGAGGACCUCAGAGAUGACGAUGACCAAUGUUAUCAAGAUGAUGAUGGCGAUGACGUGGAUAACAGCCCAGAAAAUGAAGGAUACAACAUCUGCUCAAAGGACGGAGAACUGUUGUCUGCAGCCGAGGAGAGCAUCGAGGAGCCCAAGGGGCAGCAGAAGAGGAAGAAGAGAGGAAGGAACAGGCUCAAGGCUAAAACUACUAACGCCAAACAUCACACGUGUACAGAAUGUGGAGAGAAAUUUUCAUAUCUUAGCUGGCUAGCUCAACACCUAAGAAGAAAGCACACCAGAAGAAAGCCUUCCACUGCCACUCCACAUGGAAACGUUUCCACUAACUCUCCACAUGAAAAUACACCCAGUGACUCUGCACAUGAAAAUGCACAAGAUGUCGUCCAGGAAGAUUAUCACCCGGAGACAAAUGGAACGACUAUAAAAGUAAAAAAGAUGCAAACCGAAGAGGACGUCAGGGAUGAGUGUGAUGAUGAUGAUGAUGAUGAUGAUGAUAAUAAUGACGACGACAGUGAUUACGACCCAGAAACCGAUGGAAUGCCAACGAAAGGAAAAAAGAUGCAAACCAAAGAGGGCGACGACGACGAUGAUGAUCAAUGUGAUCAGGAUGAUGAUGAUGAUGAUGAAGGUAAUAACGACCUAGAAACUGAUGAAAUGCCUACGAAAGGAAUUGCUCACAACCGACUGCACAUUGGUGGUGAAAAGCCUUAUGCCUGCAAACAUUGCGACAAAGCUUUCAGAUAUCACGGUAGUUUUAUCAAGCAUCAGAGUGCACAUUCAAAUGAGACACAUGGUCUGCCCAAAAUUGGGAAACCAGCUGAAAAAGUGACUGAAAGAGAAGGUCCUCCUUGGGAAUGUGAUGUUUGUGGGAAAAUACUUUGCAAUAAGCAUAGUCUUAAUAAUCAUAAACGACUGCACACUGGUGAAAAGCCUUUUGCCUGCAAACACUGUGGGGAAACUUUUGGUGAUUACAGUACUUUCAGGAAACACCAGAAAAUGUAUGCAGACAAGCCACAUACUCUGUCUACUUGGAAAUGUGAUGUGUGUGGGGAAAUACUUAGCAAUAAGCGAAGGCUUACCUCUCAUCAACGAAGGCACGCUGGUGAAAAGCCUUAUGCCUGCAAACACUGUGGCAAAGUUUUCAUGUUUUACAGUUCCUUCAUCAGGCACCAGAGUACUCAUUCAAAUGAGACACAUGGUCUGCCCAAAACUGGAAAACCACCUGAACAGGGGACUGACAGAAAAGGUCCUAUUUGGGAAUGCGAAGUAUGUGGUAAAAUACUUUGCCGUAAGGAAACACUUAUUGAUCACAACCGACGGCACACUGGUGAAAAGCCUUUUGCCUGCAAACAUUGCGACAAAGCUUUCAGAUAUUACAGUGCUCUCAGAAAGCACCAGAAAACACAUCCAAAUGAGACACAUGGUCCGCCCAAAAUAAAAGGUCCUCCUUGGGAAUGUGAUUUGUGUGGGAAAAUACUUUGCCAUAAGCAAAGUCUUAUUGAUCAUAAACGAGUACAUACAGAUGAGAAGCCUUUCGUCUGUGAGGACUGUGGUAAAACUUUCAGUAAUUACAGUAAUUUCAGACAACACCAGGACACUCAUUCAGAAAAAACUUGGGAAUGUGAUGUAUGUGGGAAAAUACUUCGCCAUAAGCGAAGUCUUAUGUGUCAUAAAAGACAGCACACUGGUGAAAAGCCUUAUGCUUGCAACCAGUGUGGUGAAACUUUCAGUCAGCACAGAAAUUUUGCCCAACACCGUAGAACUCAUUCAAAUGAGACGCAUGGACUGUCUACAAUGGGACAAACCAGCUGAACAGGGGACUGAAAGAAAAUGUCCUCCUUGGGUAUGUGUUGUAUGUGGAAAAACGUUUACCCGAAAGGCAAGUCUCAUCAGGCAUAAACAACUGCACACAGGUGAAAGGCCACAUUCCUCCACUGACUCUACACGUGAAAACGCAUCCACUGACUACAUGUGACGAUAAAUCCAAAUCCACUGCUGCUCCACAUGAAAACACCUCCACCAUCUCUCCACAUGAAAACACCUCCAUCUCUCCACAUGAAAACACCUCCACCAUUGCUCCACAUUGAAACCACACCCAUUGAGUCUCCUCAUGAAAACCCAAAACGUCUCGUUCAGGAAGAUUAUCACCUAGAGAACAAUGGAACGACUGUAAAAGGAAAAAAGAUCCAAACUGAGGAGAAAAGCCCUACCAGUGCACCAUAUGUGAGGAAAGCCUAUCCACAAGCUCUGCAGACGCACCAGAAAAAAAGUGCACAUCAUUGAGUUCCACAAAUGUCAACACAAUAUGGGCAGAGUUUUAAAUCAUCUCAGGGUUUAAAAUCACAUGACUGCUCAUAUGGUGUGAAUAGCACCCUAGUAAAUGGGGAGGUGGGUGAAGCAUCUAAAAACCAGCCGUGGAGAUGAACAUUGCCAUGAAGAUGGUACCAUAUUUUGAUUUGAUAUGAUCCUAAUGUCGUUCUCUUUUCUUGUUGCAAAAACAAAUGGUUGAAUCAGUGUUGUUCUAAGGCAGGGGUGGGGAACCUAUGUCAAGCCCAUGAUGCAGUUUUAUCCGGCCCCUGAUAUAAUUUUAGUGUUAGGCAGCUUCACAUGAAAUAUGACAUGAUUUGCAAAGGAAUCUUAGAAAUUACAUUUGCAGUACAAUUAUGUCAUUGUAUAUUUCAGGGGACCUAAAGACGGUAGGGUCUGUCUAAAAUGUAGCUGCCUUAAAUAUAGGCCUGAAGUGAUGGAGGAAAUCCUGGAGGAAUUAAAAGUGGCUCCUCGUAUGAAAAAGUUUCCCGACCUCUGUUCUAAGGUUUUGAAAUGACAGCCCAGUAGUUAAGGUUAAUAUGUACAUGAGGUAAAAAUGUUUUUUUUUUGUCUUUUAAAUGUCUAUUAAAUGUUGUUUGGAUAUAGUCACAAAGAAACUGUGAAAUCCAUUUGUUUUAAAAUAAGACUGUCAACUGUUUACAUAAUUCAUACAUGCAUGUAUUCUCAUUUAUUCAUCGCUAGAAACCCAUAACGCGUUGAGGAGUAUCAUCACAUUUUGAUUAGAACUACAGGAAAUGCUUUCAAAUCAUGACGUCAGAUAUGCUCAGCAGUAUUUCUUCGAGUUAAAUUUUAGCUGGAAAAAUCUAUACCCUUCAAAAGGUUAAAAUGGCAGGGAGAUAUUAAAAUUAUCAGUGGUGUCCUUGACAAGGUGUUAACGCGAUAACUUUUGAACGGAUGUUUGGAUUUGUCCCAGAUUUUUUGGGUGUAUUCUCUAGGGCAGGUUCAUGAACUGAUUCGAGUUUGGAGGUCAACACUUUCAAGAUGGCUGAAUUCAAGAUGGCCGAAUUUUUGUUUGGUCCAUAACUUCUGACCGGGUGGAUGGAUUUGUCCCAGAUUUGGUGUGUGAAUGCUCUAGGGUAGGU